ACAUCAACUGAUAUUCCAUAAAAAAUAAAAUUGAGCCACUAGACAUAUAAAUCAAAGAAUCUCACAACCAAUUCCUGUUUUCCCACUUUCCAUUCCCAUUUCCCCAACUUUUUUCUCUCUCUCCCUCUCCUUUUUCUCUCUUUCGUUGUGAAUAUGCACACGGUUGGGUUGAAUUGGAAAGACAAAACUCCAUAAUUUUGGUUUCUCUCUCUAUUUUUCCCUCACUGAUUGAAGCUCAAAGUUGCCAGCUUACUCAAAUGCUUUUCUUCUGACAACCAAAAAGCAUCACCAAAACAAAACACCCAACCAAAAAAAUCUAAUAGAAAAAAGUAAAUAAAUAAUUAUAAAAAUUAUCACCCAUUAAUUAAUUUCAACAUGGGGUGCUGUCAAUCCUCAGAAAACAACCCAGAAAAACACCCCAACAACACCAAUUCUAACCUACCUCUUCAUCACCAGCAAACACCGUCUACUGAUGGUGGUGGUAUAGUAGGAGGCGGCGGUGGGGUCGGUGGUGCUGGUGGAGUUCCUGCUUUUGCUGAGUUCUCCUUUGCUGACUUGAAAUCAGCAACAAAUAGUUUCAGUUCGGAGUUUAUAGUGUCAGAAAGUGGUGAAAAAGCCCCUAAUUUUGUUUAUAAAGGCCGCCUCAAGAAUCAACAGUGGAUUGCUGUUAAGAAGUUUACCAAAUUAGCUUGGCCUGAUCCUAAACAGUUUGCGGAAGAGGCUUGGGGAGUAGGGAAAUUAAGGCACCAAAGGCUUGCAAAUUUGAUUGGAUAUUGCUGUGAUGGUGAUGAGAGAUUGCUGGUUGCGGAGUUUAUGCCUAAUGAUACUCUUGCCAAGCAUUUGUUCCACUGGGAAAACCAGACAAUUGAGUGGGCAAUGCGACUGAGAGUAGCUCUUAAUGUUGCUGAAGCCUUAGAUUACUGCAGUUCUGAAGGUCGUCCAUUGUACCAUGAUCUAAAUGCUUACAGGGUUCUCUUUGAUGAGAACGGUGAUCCUAGACUUUCAUGUUUUGGAUUGAUGAAAAACAGUAGGGACGGAAAAAGUUACAGCACAAAUCUUGCCUACACCCCUCCAGAGUAUCUAAGAAAUGGAAAAGUUACUCCUGAAAGUGUUAUUUACAGUUUUGGUACGAUUCUUUUGGAUUUGCUGAGUGGAAAGCACAUACCUCCAAGUCAUGCCCUAGACAUGAUACGUGGAAAAAAUAAUAUCCUAUUAAUGGAUUCCCAUCUGGAAGGAAAAUUUUCCGCUGAGGAUUCUAAUGCAGUUGUUAAUCUGGCUUCUCAAUGUUUGCAAUAUGAACCUCGGGAGCGGCCAAACACCAAGGAUCUUGUUUCAACGCUUUCCCCAUUGAAUACAAAUCCUGAAGUUGCAUCACAUGUGAUGCUUGGGAUAUCACAGCAAGAGGAAGCACCUCCUACCCCGCAGCGGCCUCUUUCUCCGAUGGGUGAAGCAUGCUCUCGGAUGGAUCUAACAGCGAUCCAUCAGAUAUUGGUUAUGACACACUACAGAGAUGACGAGGGAACAAAUGAGCUAUCUUUUCAAGAAUGGACACAACAAAUGAGAGAUAUGCUGGACGCAAGGAAGCGGGGAGACUAUGCUUUUAAGGACAAAGACUUCAAAGUAGCCAUUGAUUGUUACUCUCAGUUUAUAGAUGUGGGGACUAUGGUGUCGCCGACUGUGUAUUCAAGGAGAAGCUUGUGCUAUCUGAUGAAUGACCAAGCAGAUGCAGCACUAAGAGAUGCAAUGCAAGCACAAUGUGUGCACCCUGAUUGGCCAACAGCCUUCUAUAUGCAGUCAGUUGCUCUUGCUAAGCUUGAUAUGCAGAAGGAUGCUCUUGACAUGUUAAACGAAGCGGCUGGCCUUGAAGAAAAGAGGCAGAAAGGCGGAAGAAGUUAGUCAUCCACAAAACCUGACUUUGCAUUUCUGUAAAAUCUGAGAUGGAAAUGGAAGUUUCUUAUUGAUGCAAAAAUUGCAUCAUUCUUACACUUUCGAUUGUAUGAUUGUGUGGUCAUUAUUGUAUGUUACUGGGGGGGGGGGGGGGGGGGGGGGGACUGUAAUUUGAGAAAAAAAAAAGGGGGUAAAGAAAAAAAAAGAAAAUGAAAUUUGCAAACAAAGAUGCAAAUUAUUCUUUCACCGUUCAUUUGUUAAUCAUAUUGAUGUUCCAAACGCAACACCGAUUAUUAACAAGUCUUAAAAGAGGAAUGAUUAUCACCAUUUCUUACUUAAAUCUUUGUACAGACAACCUGUUUGAACUUUGAACAGCUAGGGAAACGUUGUUAAUAUACAAUUACAAACUGGUUGUUACAGUUUUUCCGUCUCCACAUUUACCAAAGCUACGAAAUUGAGGUGAGUGUCGGGCUGGGCUGGACCUGGUACUGGCCGAUGAAUCAACUGAGUUGGGCUAGACUGGGAGGCUGGAUGUUUUAACGGACUACUAUAAAUUUGGAUAAAAUCAAGUUGGACCUGAUGUCGAGUUUAGGCCUUUGUUUUGGCUUAACUGCAGUUUCAUAAUUUCGCACUUCAGUUCAAUUUAACUUAUUAUUAUUAUUAUAUUAUUAUUAUUGUUA